CGCAGCGCAUGCGGCCGCGGCCCGCACUCGAGUCCGCGCCGCCCCGCCGCUGGCCGCCCGCUCGGUGCCGGCACUCCAGCCCCGACUCCGCACGCGCGCGAUCGCUCACGAGAGCUGUUUACGCUCCCCAAACGUGCUCAAACAAAAGUCUCACUGUGUACCACGAGUGAAGUUAAGUUAUAGUGCUGGAGGAACCACCCGAUCUGAAGUUUAAGGCGGUGGUGUGGUGUGGCGUGGCGUGCAGCGCGCAUGGGUUGCGCGGGCGGCGCGCGGCGCGCCUGAGCGCGACCAUGCUGCGCGCGCGCCGGGCUGCCGCCGCCGCCUGCCUGCUCGCGCUCGCCGCCGCCCUCGCCGACUCCACCGUGCUGGCGGCUACCAGCAUCAUCGGGCAGCCCGCGCCGUGCGUGAACGAGGGCGAGCCGGUGUCGCUCAGCGGCAACUGGAGCAACUGCUACCAUUGCAUUUGUAAGAACGGGUUCGUGGGCUGCCGGCCGCUGUACGCGUGCGGUCCUGUCGAGAACUGCGCCGUGCUGCUGCCGCGCGAGGGCUGCUGCGCGCGCUGCAAGCCCUGCUGGUACAACGGCACGCUGCACGCCUCGCACACCGACUGGCACGACGACCAGGGCCGCCUGUUCCGCUGCGAAGCGGGGAUUAUCACCAUCUCGAGGCCCGAGUGCUACGCGCCGUGCCAGCGCCCGAAGCACCAGCGGCAUCUGCAUUAUAAUUGUCCUGUUUGCGAUCAGUGCGUAAUAAACGGGCAGCGCGUCUGGGAGGGGCGCGACGUGCGCAUCCCCGAGGAGCCGUGCCUGUCCUGCCGCUGCGUGGCGGGCGCGCUGUCGUGCAGCAAGCGAGCCUGCCCCGUGCUGCCGUGUGCGCGCGCGCAGCAGUACACGCCGCCCGGCGAGUGCUGCCCAAGGUGCCUGCAUCCGACCGCUGAUAAGAUCCUGCCUGGCUACACAGACAAACCGUGCAUCAUCGGCACGCACUUCCGCUCGCAUCUUGAGCGGUUCGAGGUGGACGCGUGCACGGACUGCACGUGCGUGAACGGCACGGCCGUGUGUGCGCGCGCCACGUGCCCCGUGCUGACCUGCGGCGCGCGCGCGCUGCCCCCCGCGCCCGGGAAGUGCUGCCCGGAGUGCCCCGUGAUUGAUCAUGCGAAGAGGGCAUGUGUUGUUGCGGGGAAGACUUAUCAGGAUGGAGAAGCAUGGCAACUGGACGCUUGCAAGUCGUGCGAGUGCCACGGAGGGGAGCCGCAGUGCGCGAUGGAGCGGUGUCCCACGCUCACGUGCCCGACCGACCAAACACUUCGAAAAGUACCCGGGCAGUGCUGCUCGAAGUGCGUGGACAAGGACGGCAUCUGCACGGUGUUUGGCGACCCGCACUACAAGACGUUCGACGGCAAGUUCUACAGCUUCCAGGGCUCCUGCAAGUACCAGCUGGUGUCCGACUGCGCCAACAACACCUUCUCCAUCCGAAUCUCCAACGACGCGCGCAACACCAGCCACUCGUCCUGGACGCGCACGGCCACGCUGCGCAUCGGGCCCUCCAAGAUCAACCUCGGCAAGAAGAUGCGGGUCAAGGUGAACGGCCAGCGCGUCGCCCUGCCGCACCGCAUGCCCGACGUGGCGCACAUCUCGCGCAGCAACGGCUCCGUGCUGCUCGCGGCCGACAUCGGCAUACAGAUACUGUGGGACGGGGACGGCUUCCUCGAGGUGACAGUGUCCAGCAGCUACAAGAACAAACUGUGCGGUUUAUGUGGUAAUUUCAACUCGGUGGCCAGAGACGAUAUGACGACUCGUGACGGGAAGCAAGUGGGUGAUCCGUGGAAGUUCGGCGCGUCGUGGCGCGUGGGCGGGCGGCGCGCGUGCACGCGGCGGCAGGAGCGGCCGGGCGCCACGCGCUGCCGCCGCGCCAAGCAGAAGCGCGCGCGCCGCCUGUGCCGCGAGUUCGAGCGGAACGAGGUGUUCUCGGCGUGCGGGCUGAAGGUGAACCCGGCCAACUACCGGGACGCGUGCGUGCGCGACGCGUGCGGCUGCGGCGGCGCGCGCUGCCACUGCGCCGCGUACCGCGCCUACACGCGCGAGUGCGAGCGCGCGGGCGCGGCGCCGGGCGCGGGCUGGGCGCGCGCCGUGUGGUGCGAGGGCCCGCCGCCGCCGCGCCAGGGCCGCGCCCGCCCGCGCCCGCGCCCCGACGAGCGGCUGCUGGCGGCGGGCAACUUGCCGCUGGUGCCCAAGCCGAGCAACAGCCGCUCCCGCCCGCCACCGCCCAUACGAUUUUGAUUUUUCAAAACGAGUCGUGUGGAGUCACUUUUACUAGUCAAACUGCCAUUUCAGUGACGUGAGAGUGCGUAAUGAGGAUGCAACAAGACUAGAACUGCAGGCAAGUCGUUUUGUAUGACGCAACUAGAUUUACAAGGAAUGAAGAUCUAUCUACGUAAACAGUAUUCAUAAAAUCUACUUAUAUGUAAUUAGUAUAAUGUACAACCUUCUAGCCCGUAUGCACUGUGCUCGAUAAAAGCGAACAGGCAUUUGUUUAUAACCAUCGCGGGAGACUGCUCACUAACGCCUCGCAAACGACAGUCAGCUCUGUAAGUACCUUACAGGGCCCAAUCGAUCGCUUUGUCAGUUCGGGAUUAACACUCACAAAACGAUCGCUUGGAUUAAAUAUAAAUAAAUUAAGUCUUUUACAUUCCGACAUAUUGCAUCACAGAUGGUAUUUUUACGAAAGUAACCUUAAACCUCUCUACAUUAUAUGGUUGCGGGCCGUAGCUUAAGAAAAGGCAGUGUUAUACUUAUAGUUAUGUUAUAUACGCUAGUGUUGAUCGUUUCAUAUAAAUUGUGAUAAAUAACUUUGAAUAUAGCUUCAGGCAAGGGAAGGAUGUUCGGUAAAUCAUAGUUCAAAUUGAGAUCUCAUCUGUAGUUUAUGAAAACUUAGAUAAUUCUAGCUAUCCGAAGCCAAGAAGCUAAUAGGUUUGCCUGGAUUAUGUAAAUAUCUAUAUGAACGCAUCUGUUGUUUUACGAAUUGAGUUAUACAUGGACAUUCGUAUUGUGGGUUGAUUUUUUAAAGUCCGAAAAACUAGAUGAAAUGACAUUUUAAUAUCCAAUGUAUAGCAAAUGAAGUGUCUAUAAUAAUACGAAACAACUAGGGACAUCCCACACUUUUAAUUUAGUCGUUUUAAAGACGUUACCAAUGAAUUUCGACUUCCAAUUUGAUUACUUAAGUUCUUUAGCAUAUAGAUAAGACUAGGAGUAUUGUUGAGUAAUAAUAUUCCUACAUAAAGAUUAUUGUAUUAUUUUUAAUUGAAUGAAACGGUAUUCUGUAAUGUUUGAGAUUUCCGCUUGUUGAGUAGCGCAUGAUUUGACAAAGACCAUAAAAUGUAUGUUUGAAAGUAGCUACUUACUGUGUUUAUUUAUAAAUAUAAAUAUGCUAGUAAAUGUAUUGUAAGUAUUUUUGCUUUAACUAUGUUAUAGAUUAUGCAACUGGCACGCACGGUAUUCAUAAGAAUAUUUGGUCUGUGAUUGUCAAGUGUUUUUGCAUCUUUAGUGAAAGUUGCUGCAACGACUACGAAUGUAGGUAUCUCUUUUUAUUUUUAUAUCUAGUUUAUUUUUAUAUUACUUUGUAUUAUUGUAGGUGGAGUCUACGUUUUAUGUAGGCUGUUAAGUUAUUGGAGAGCAUGAUUUAAUUUUACACUUAAAUUAUCGUUUGAGUUUAGCAACGAUGAUGUAAAUGAUUCUGUUCGAGAUAAUAGUUAUUAUUGCCAUAUUUUAUGAUAAAUUCUAAUUUCAAUUCAAUGCCAUAUUAAAUUACUUACCUAUUUAUUUAUCAGUAAAUGAAUUAUUGAAAUUGUAAACUUGGAGAUUGUUAUUUACUAGGAGUGUUCAAAGAUAAUAAUGUACGCUUCGGCCGGAGCUGUUUGUGUAUCCGCCAGGACGCUUUAUUGUGAAUAUGCGAAUUUUAUUCAAGGAACAAAGAGUUAUUAAUACAUAAUAUUGAAAUCCUAAA